AUGGCCUCUCUGCCCCUGCUCUCUCCCUUCCUCCUUCACCACCUCCGUCACCGCACACCUUACUGUUACCCCAGACUCCCGCCACACACGCCCCGGCCGCCCCGUCACUGCCAUGACGGCAGUGUGAAUCAUCUCCCUCGGCUCUCUGGGGAAGGCCCGCCGGAGCUGCGCCGCGGCACGGGGCAGCGGGAGAACGGCCCGCAGGGGUCAGCGGAGUGCGCCCACCCCCGCGGGCUUGCGGACAUGCACACGCCCACGUCCAUGCUGCCGGCUGCCGGCUGCACCGCCACAGUGCUGCCGCAGCAGCCGGAGACGCGGGAUCUCCGAAUCCCCGACGGUCCGCAGGUCCGCGCCAGUGUGGGGUAG